CGGAGGACGCACGCUCACUGCGCGGGUGCUGGACGCUGCGAUGGGAGGCAACGCAUGCAAGUUCCUAGAGUUCCUGCUUCCAGCGUCGUUGCAAACGUCAAACAAAGACUGUGGCUUUCUUGUUGUCCCUCUCGCCCCCGCGCGCUCUUUCUGAGGGGGGCUUGUCUGCAUUUUUGUCCGAGGCGUUGCUCUCGCAGGAUGUUGAUGAUAUUGGAAAGCCGGGUAAGAUCCUAAAGUCACUUCUCCUCCGAUGAGAACGACCUCCUGCUCGUCACCACCGCACAAAGGGAACUACGGAGCAAGUACUUUUUCCACACGCCAUCGUUUCUAUAAUUAUUCUUUUUCUUUUUCUUCUUUUUUUUGAAUGUCAGUGAGAAGCAGGGGGGGCUGUUUCAAAGACAAAAUGGAUCACUUUGCAGCAGAGUGCCUUGUUUCCAUGUCCAGCCGUGCAAUUGUCCACGCUCCUAAAGGGAAUAGGGAGAUUAGACCAGAGAUCCCGUCCUCCUCCAGGAACGGAGAGGAGAUGAAGGAGCCGUUGGUGAGGGACAACUCCUCUCUCUUCGUGGUGGCGCGGAUCCUGGCGGAUUUCAACCAGCAGACUCCCAACAGUUCUGCCGAGCAGGCAAAAAUGAAGGAGGAGAGCGCGCCGAACCUCCGAGAGGAUGGGGAGCCUGCCACACCUACCGCCACCUCCGACCCCUCGCUCAGACAAAGAGGCCGAAGAUCGAGAGGUCGCGCCGAGCAGGAGUCACCUCAGAAGAAGCACAAAUGCCACUAUUCAGGUUGCGAAAAAGUUUAUGGCAAAUCCUCCCACCUCAAAGCUCAUCUGAGGACACACACAGGAGAACGGCCAUUCCCAUGUACCUGGCCAGACUGCAGUAAGAAGUUUGCCCGCUCCGACGAGCUGGCCCGUCAUUACCGCACCCACACGGGGGAGAAGAAGUUUGGGUGUCCGCUUUGUGACAAGCGCUUCAUGCGCAGCGACCACCUGAUGAAGCACGCCCGGCGCCACUCCGAUUUUCAACCCGGCAUGCUGAAGAGGCCUCAUGGCGGCAGCAGCGGCUGCACCACACGUCCCGGCUCACUCAGCGACUACAGCCGCUCGGAUGCCUCCAGCCCCACCCUCAGCCCCACCCUCAGCCCAGCCAACUCGCCUUAAACUGAAAACCAGUCGCACUUUCCGCCUCUAACCUGCGAGGCCUGUGUUUUCAUCAUAACACUUGUGUUGCACAGUUGUCAGCAACCCCCCCCCCCCCUUUGCUAUUCCUGCGCUUGCUGUGGUGUACCAUACUGUACAUAACUGCUUAUUGUAGUGCAAUUACUUGUGUGAUCCUAAAAGAAGGUAAUGCCUUUCCCAGACGGCAAUAUUUACAUUCUGUACCAUAUGUCUGUAUUUUUCUUAGCUUCUAAUGAUGGCUAGUUGUCCAACAUACAUUCGCAGCGAGCUAAACAAAAACACAGACACCCUGACAGGUUUUUUUUCAUGUAUUUCUUUGUUGUUUUUUUGUUUUUGAACAGGUGAGGAGAAGGGGUUAACACACACCUCAGGAUUGAAGACAGUUGCUUUUUCUGUAAUACCACAGUACGUAACAGUACUUACAUUGACUGCACAAUAUACUCAUCACUUUACUCUGAAAUUCAACAGGGGUUGAAUUUUGCGCCCUGCUCAGGGAUGGCCUUGUUAGCUUGAAAGAAUGAACACAGUAGAGCGAAACAAACAGUACAUAUAUAGCAGCCUUACACUCAACACAAAUUGCACUCUUUGUUUUUUUUGUUUUUUUUGUUGUUGUUGGUUUUCACAUUCAAGGAAACUAACCCUACGGUCAUACGGUCAAUUGUACAAGGAGUUCAUGUCCUGGUCUCCCUUGUGUUCUGGGGAUUUAUAUGUAAUAUAAAUGCUGUGUAUUAAGAAAUCCAUUUCCAGACCCUCACCUCAGUAAACAAAACACAUCUGUUCCUCCACUGCAAUGUUCAUAGUCAGUUGCCAUUACACUGGGUUAAACGUGUAUUUCACUCAACAGCAGUGUGCAGUAUAUACUGUGUAAAUCUGCGCUGUGGGAGGAUCGGGAUUAUACUGGGUGAACAGUUUUUAUAAAUGUACUCAGUCGAAGAAACCUUACAACCUUUAAAUAGUGACAGUUAAGUUUCAAAGCAGCUGGUUUUUUUAUUGUUCUUUUUUUUAUAAAUAAAAGUGCUGUAUCAUCAGCCAGAAUUUCACACAAAAUGGACACACGGGGACUAAAGUUGAAACAAUAUUUAUCCCUGUCUCGAGCACAUAGGAAAAAGUACCAAAGACAAGAGUGAAAGAAAGCUUUCUACUCAGUCUUGUAAGCCGCCCUUCAUUGAGGCCUGGGGCUGGUGGUUGGCAGUAUCACAGGUAGAACCAGACAGCCCGCUCACUUCCCUCCUCCUGGCUCUGACUAAUGUGGCCUCCCUGGAGGAAACAGCUGCAUCCCACAAGAAGCUAUUCACAGCCCGCAGGAGUAGCGCACGCCGUCAUGCCAUUCACAGGGAGUCUUCCUUCACCUAUCUGGCUCUACCUGUCCCGUCACCGAGCAAACUUGGAGAUCAAAUGUAGGCCAGGGUGGUGGGCCGAGCCAGGCUAUAGGCUGCGACACGGUGGUGCACAGAGUGACCAAAGCAGCAAUCUGCAAUAGGCAGGCAAAAGAGGGCAGGUCCUGAUGAACGAGAAGAGGCUAAUCACGAGUCGAGCAGCACAGAGGAGGAGACCCACAGUGCCAGACAGACCCUCCAUUUCCUCCUCAUUCCACAACUCCCUCCCUCCAACUGUGAGCAUAAAAAUGUCUGUAAUUAGUGGGCUGAUCCAACCUGUAGGAUAAGAGUAGAAAGAGAAGUACAUGCACCACGGUACUGCCUAGACAAUGCUGGUAGCGUGGGUGGGAUGUACCCAACUCCAUCCUAAGCACAGGUAGAAAUCCUCUAGUCCUUGUGGAGAGUCUGAUUUCACAAUGCCAAGGAGCACGUCGCUCCGAAAUUCACACCAGUAAACCUGUGCUCUCAAACAGCUGCUUUCAAACUUCUCGCUCGCGACAUGGGGCUUUUAAACUGUUGUGAAAACAUCUGAACCAAAAUGUACAUAUCAGCAAAGUGCAGUUCUCACCAGCCUCACGUUGUCCUGCCUGUGAAGCUCAGAUGUCCCGUGAGAAAGCUGACUUGUGUUUUCUAGACUGACAUGCCUCAAUAAGUCAGGCAAAAGGCACAGUAAACCUUCCAUGGAAACAGGCACCACUAUCAAAACUGCUGCAGCCCCGCCAGUCUGUGUUAUGCCUACAUUUUCUUGUAAUGCUUCAGCACCAUGGUUGGAAACGGUGUCAUGUCACCGGGAAUCGCAUGUGCCAGCUUCCUCUUACCAACAAGUCUUUGCACUCUCACCCUGCAGUCCACGAUAUGCAUAUUAACAAGUUCGCCCUGAAAGCGUAGAUGGUUUUUUGAAGCAGUGUGGCAGGUGUAAGUUCAUGAAAGGCAGGCCUUGUCCCUCACUCUCCACAGCAGACAUCUCUCUUUAAAGUUGUGAAGAAUCAGCUCGGUCACAUCCUCCAGAAAGAAAACAUCCCUUAUUUAGAUCGAAUGAAGUAGUUUCCUCAAAACACCACAUGUUUGAAAAAAAGAAAACGACCCUCUGUAAGAUGAUAAGGAAGGUUCCAGACCGCAAGAUGACAUUUUGAAUGCCACUGAUCAGUAGCUUCCAGUGAAAGAAGCACUGAGAGGGUUUUACUUUGACCAUUUCUGUAAGAAAAACUUGGAUUUUCACAAACAAUUUCUCCUAGUUGCUGUUGAGCAGCUUCUUGUGGUAUUGAUUCAUGGCUUCUUUUUUUUAUUAUACUCAAUUUUGUAGUGUAAGUGUAACUUUAUAUUUGCAAAAAAACCCAACAACAACAACGACCACAACAAAAGGUCUGUGUGGCUCACCCUCAAACAGGUUUCACGAAUUAUUGUUCAUCCAUUAUCUGCACAUUUACCUCAGGGUCGACAUCCGCAACGGCAGAUAUGGGACAGUCAGUAGAUUUCAGUUGCUGCACAGAAAUGUCUGCCAGCCUCCCACGAUGUUCCUGGGUGAGAGCUCACUGCUGGCCAGUGUCCGACCACACUGGAAACACUGGAACGACUAUGUAUGGGCCCAGCUCCUGCCUAUUGUGUCUGCAGAACAUUCAACAGUCCUGCUCUACGACUUAGUAAGCACUGGGCACUCUGGACGCUGUUUUCAGUGAAAUGAAAUGCCCCUUUAAGGACCUUUGACCAUUAGUGUCAGGGGACAUACUGUACAGUAGGCAACAGGAAGCUCCUACCAUCAGAAAACAAACUGACUUUGACAGUGUAGACAUCCCAGUCUGUCCAUCCAUCCACCCAGACUGCACCAAUGAUAUACAGGCCUCAACAACAGGCACCGUGUCUCUCAACUUUUAAUCUCACUGUACCAAAUUUACUUGAAUAAUACAACACAAAAGGCCAUUGAACACAGUUUUGUACAUGUCCAUUUUUACUGUACUUGCUUUUGUUGUCAAAUAAUUAUUAACCUCUCUGGAGAAAGAUAUAUAGUCUGUUUUUUUUGUUAUGUUUUUUUCUUCUUUAGAUUUCCGAUUGUCUUCAGGUCAUGUCAGCGUCUCUUUUGUAUUUAUCACAGCAUUAUGGUCAACUGUUUCUGUCGGGCAGCAUUUUUGCUUUGACACAGUAACACAACAUUAACCCCAUGACUUGGGAUUCACCCCUUUAACCAGAAACACUUAAUACUCAGUUGAUGUCAGGAUGCAGGUUACUCCAGUGAACCUGUUAUCCAAAAUUCCUCCAAGUCAGAAAGUGAAAGGAUUGUUUGGGGAGUGUUUGGGAUGUCAUGAUUAAAAAAAAGGAAACGUCCUGACCUCUCUGUGCAUCGAUUUCAGAUGUAGUGACUUUUCUUCUUCUUUAUUAUUUAGAUUCUUUUGAAAGUUUUCCAUAAGAUUAGAGACCACACCAUUGUGAGUUAGAAAUUUAGUCAUAUUUUCUUUUUUACUAUUAUUUUGUUGUGUCGUGUAAAAUCUUUAAUUAAGCUUGUAUAUUUUUUCAAGAAUCAUACCUCUGGAAAUAUCUGACUUUUAUUGUACCUUCAUAUCUUUUCAAAGUAUCCAUCAUGUAGCUUACAUUUGCUUGAUAAGUAGCACAAAUAACUGGUGGUUUUAUUUGUUCUUACUUGAAUGAAGAAGGAAAGAGACUUUUUCUGUAAACAAAAAAGAAACAAACAAACAAAACAAAAAAAAACCCUGGACCACAUUUUAUAUAAUCAUCCCAUGUUGUCAGGGUCCGGCACAUCAUUGUAGAUUCAAAAACUAAUCUUUCUGGGAAAAACUAAAACCAUAUUUUUUAUUAUUUCACAUUACAAAAAAUAUUUAAACCAUCCCUUCCCUACUGAGCUCCACAUAUAUGUCUUGGUUUAAAUAUUUACUGUGUUUUGGAUGAUGUCAACUGUAAAUUGGUAUGAAGCUCUAUUUCAGCAUUUUUAAAUCCAACUUUAUGAUUGUAAUUGUAAUCCAAGUAAGAUUACAGACUUUGAUAUCUGUUAGAGAAAAAAAGGACUUUAAACAAUAACAAAAUGGAAAUACAAGGUUUCUACAGGAUGCUAAGAGUGUACCAGUUACUAUUUUUCUUCUAAUUGUAAAAUGCAAGAGAAUUGAUUGUUGACGAGUAUGUAAAGAACUAACAUGAAUAUUAUUUAAGAAGUUCAUAUUAAUUACAUAAAUAUAUCACUGAUGAGACCAUCUCAGCUGAAAACUGUGUGACUGAUCACAAUGUAAAAGCAUGAUUGAUGCAAUUGCGUGCCAAAACCAUUAUGGUAAGUUCAUAAAGAUCAUACAAAUGUUAAGGAUGAAAAGAAAAAAAAUAGCUAUUAUCAGACAUUUAACAAACUUGUACAGUUUUAUAAAGUGAGACAUGUUUUUUAUGUCAUGUACAGGAUUUAAUGAAGCAACUCUGCAUAUUUGAUAUGCAACUGUUCUAAGUUAAAUAUUUCUUUUCUGCUUAAUGUAAACAUUUUUGGUUGUGUAGAUUUGUUUUCAUUUGGUUCUUGUUAUUUAAUUUUUUUCUUCUUCUCUUUGUUGCUGUACAAUACUCAAACAUUGUAUAAUGGCUUAUUACAGGUAUUUUUGACAUAAACAAUCUUAAUGAUAAUGAACGCCCAACCAUUCCAAAGGAUCGAAAAUUGCAUUUGCUAUAAAUGUGCUGCUUACAUUGAGCUGAUGCAUCUUUGCAGGUGAUGAGUUGAAGUUUGUCUUGACUGUGAGGUUUUACACGUUGUGAGUUGUGCACAAGGUACGUUUCCCAUUGUCAACAGUUCCCAGGUUUAAUCUCUCCUUUUACUCUCUGCAGGCUCCUUGUGCAGGCUAAGCCAAUUCAAAUAAACACCCUACAUGCAAUAUCUCAAAAAUAUUGAGGAUGUCCUCCCUCUUGACAAAGGCCGGGACUCUCUAAGGUGGGAAUAAUGUGUAAAAGUUAGCCAUGAAAGGAUAAAGUGGUUCUUGACCAGUGCGAAGGAGUCUUGAGUUCUGGCAGCUCAUCAGAGGCUCCGCAGUUACAAGUUGUUACCAAAGGCUUCGAAGGGAAAGAUGAAUGUUGCAUUUAUUUUGAAACCCAAACCCAUUUGGACCCCUGGGUUCAUCUUUAUGUGCUGUAAGUGCAGAUGAAUGGAUGUUGUGUCUCAUAUGGACCUUUUUCUACAUCAACCUCAACUUAAAAAAAAUAAACAAAUAACUUGAAUGAACAAAACCCAUAUAAUUAUGAGAGCAGACAAAUAGUGAAAGAGUAUAAGACUAGAAACUAAAGAGACCGAGUGAACAUGCAGCGGGGCAGGUUGGCCCCUCACUGACUGUGUGCUCUUGCUGGACUGCCACAAAGGACACUGCACAGAGUUUGCUCUAGAAAAGCACGCUGACAAAAGUCUUUUACUCAAGCGUUGGACAUUUUUGCCCUCAAAGGAUUGGUCUGAUCCAAGUUACGCAGCACACAGUGCUGUCAGUGACCUCCCUUUGAUUACAAAGGGCCUUUUGGUCCUGUUUCCUGUACCUGUUUGUCUUCAAUGUACCUCCUUAGUGUAACGUUGCUCUCUUGAUACCUCUGUGUUUCUCCUCUGCCCAUCACCAUCAGUUGCCUGUUGUAGUGACUCCAUGGUGCUGCUCUCCCUCUCAGCACCAAUAAAAUCUAAUCUGUAAAUAACUCGACUCAGCUAUGGCCAGUACAUCCACCUAUGACCUCACUCUAACAUUCAGGUGUCAUUUUGUUGAUUUGUUUUUUUUUCGUUGUUUUUUUCUCUCUCAGCAAACCAAAAUCACUGCAUUCUAGUAUUACAGUUGUACAGUUCCUGGGAUUCUACACACUUCUAAUGUGCUGGUCUUAGCUGCUCUGCUGUACCUUUUUAUGGCAUUAUUUUUUACAUGUUAGACAAUAUAUUGUGACCAUGUCCUAUGCAAAUAUGAAAAAUAACAGAUUGUUGAAUAAUGUAUGUUGUCAUAACUUGUAUGCAUGAAAUAGUGAAGUUUACAUUUGGAAAUAAAUUCAUAAAAUAAGCAGCUCAAA